AUGCAGCACCACCUGCACACUCAUCAUACACCUGGGGCCCCCAAUACUCUGCAGCAUACAGGGGAGCUUCCCCCUUCUGGGGGCCCCUUCUCUGCUUCUUGUCUUCGCGACGCCAUACUACAGGUUCUAAUGGGCCCUCAAGCACUUCAGUUGCUUUCAGGGGUCUCCUUAGGGGGCCCCCCUGUGGGGGGCCCCCCCGAAGGGGCCCCACAAGGGGGCCCCCCAGGGGCUCCCCCAGGGUCCCCUGUGGAAGCAACUGCAACUAUAGGGGCCCCUAUAGGGGCCCCUAUAGGGGCCCCCAACCACCCCUGUGGAGCUUCGCAGGGGUUUUGUACGGGGAAGCAGGUUGAGCCAUUUGUUGAGGGCCCCCUAGGGGGCCCUCUGGGGGUGACCCUAGGGGGGCCCCUGGGGGGGCCCCUGGGGGGGCCCCUAGGGGGGCCCUUGGGGGCCCCCCAUACGGGUAGCGUUGGGGGCCCCUGUUUGGGUAUUAGAGAAGAGGAAGAUAAGGGAAGUACAGGUCACCCAGCUGCUCCAGCAGCAGCAGCAACAGCAGCAACAGCAGCAACAGCAACAGCAGCAGCUGCAGCUGCAGCAGCACAAGAAGAGCUGCUGUUUAGCCGUCUACUGCACGACUUGAAGGAGCGUCGCCUAAUGACAAAUCAACUCGCUGAGGUAGAGCAAAAGCUGUUGGAGGAACGCGAAGCAUCGAGGCGACUGGAGGCAGACAAAAAGAAUCUAGCAAACUCGUACGAUUGGGCGCUUGCGCGGGAAGUUGGAGGAGGCGACGAGCGAAUUGAAGAUAGUCAGAAUUCAGGUGUAACUGCAGCUAAAUAA